UCAACAGACCCUGGGUUCAUAUUUAAGAUCAGACUGACAGUGGGAGACCCAGCAGUGGCACCCAUAGGGCCCAACAAGGUCCUUAUGGAACAGGGCCCCCCAGCCAAAUCCAAAUCCCCGACUCAAAUGCCCGCCCUGCCCAUGGACCCCUCUUAUACUGCCACUCUCACUCCCACUGCUGCCUUACAAAACCCCCUAACUGUGGCCCCAACAAACCCUUCGACGGGACAGAGAAUGUUUAAUUUAGUGAGAGGAGCUUUCUAUGCCCUCAAUAGAACAAAUCCAGAUGCCACUGAGGACUGCUGGCUAUGCUUGUCCUCGGGCCCCCCUUAUUAUGAAGGAAUUGCUUUUGAUGGAGAUUUCAAUAAAACUAGCAGCCAUGCCUCCUGCUCAUGGGGGACAGGGCAGAAAUUGACUCUGACUGAGGUAUCGGCACGAAACCUAGGUCUCUGUAUAGGUACCCCCCCUCCUACCCACAAACAUCUGUGUGGCCGAAUUCAAUCUGUAUCCAGAGCAGAAACUAAUUAUUAUCUUGUGCCAUCUCCAGUUGGCUGGUGGGCCUGUAAUUCAGGACUUACCCCUUGUGUAUCAACUAAGGUUUUUAAAUCUUCCCAUGAUUUCUGUGUUAUGAUCCAACUGUUACCUCAAGUGUAUUAUCAUUCUACAUCUAACCUAGAAGAAAUGUACGCUGGUACAAGAUUUAAGAGGGAACCUGUUACUUUAACCUUAGCCACCUUUUUGGGCAUUGGGAUGGCAAUAGGAGUGGGGACGGGAGUAUCAGCCUUAAUUGAAGGGAGACAAGGGAUCCAAUCCUUAAGAGAUGUUGUUAACGAAGAUCUAGAGAUGUUAGAAAAGUCAAUUGAUGCUUUGGAAAAAUCUUUAUCCUCACUAUCAGAAGUAGUGUUACAGAAUAGGAGAGGUCUUGAUCUGCUCUUCCUAAAAGAGGGAGGAUUGUGUGCAGACCUGAAAGAAGAAUGCUGUUUUUAUGCAGAUCACACUGGGAUAGUCAGGGACUCGAUGCAAAAGCUGAGGGAAAGACUCGAACGGCGAAAGCAAGAACGAGAGGCACAACAGGGAUGGUUAGAGUCAUGGUAUUCUCGGUCACCGUGGAUGACAUCCUUAUUUUCUGCCCUAGCUGGACCCGUUAUUUUCAUAUGUCUAAUUCUGAUCUUUGGUCCCUGCAUAAUUAAAUAA